GCCACCCUCGGUCGCUAUAGUACUGCUCUCAGAUGGACGAUACCAAAAAGGUUUGUAGUCGAGCUGAACAARUUUGCUUUAAAUUUCAAUCUAUCGUCUCUUUGUACAAAGACUUACAGAAAAGUAAUUCAGAAGAGGAGAAUCUCCUCUUACUUGGUACGUUACGAGAUGUCAAAUCCUUCCUUUCUGAUAGAGAAAGACAAAAGAGAUCAACUGAAGACGAAAAUAAAAUCCUCCAGAAUCUACUUGAUGGAUUGAGCACCCACGCAGGAAUUGUAGCACUAAAACGGCUUGUUCGCGAUGUGAAAGACAUCAAAGAAAACGUAAAAUAUUUACGGAAAAGAAUUGAUAAAGUUGAAGGAAGAAAGCUACCAAGGAGGCCGUACGUUGUGGAGAAAGAAUCUGAAACAUCUGACGGAGGUCCAYUGGACCCUAUGUUUUGGGACCGACUUAAAAAAAGACGACAAGAACUUCUAAGUGACGCUGAAGAGACAUUUGAAAAACGCCAAAAAUCCUUAACAUUUCAUCCGAGUGUUAYCAAGAUAACAGAGCGUAACCAAGCAACAACAACCGCAAUAUUACCCAAAGCAUCUUCUGUAACAUUAGACAAACGACUUUCCAACAGGAUUGCUAAAUUGGAAGAUUUUCUGGCAGAGAAGCAAACUCGCCUGAGCGCGGCUCGAGAAAGCGUAGUCGGGACAAUUUUGGAUGCAAAAAAAGCAGAAUGUGAGGUUCAUAACACCGAGAGCGCGAUUUAUAGAUCUAAAAUAGCAAGAAGCGCGACUCAUGAAAGCAAUGAUGACAGUGAAAUUAUCGAGCCGUUUUGGAAGGGGAAUUUAGGAGACUUGAAUAUCUGUUCGGAGUGCAAGACGGAYCAAAAAGCAAAGGACAAAUUCUGGGGUUUGGCGUCAGAAUCGGCAGACGAAGAAGAGUAUGUGAGAAAGAUUCUUUCGAGGAGGAGGUCGGGCCAUGAUGUUACAGAACUUAACGAAGACGAAGCAAAUGAGCUAUUUAAGAAGCUGAACAUAGAAGAUAAAUUUGAAGAAACAGAGGAUKCUUCAAGGCCUAGGAAGAGUAGUAGAGUUGUUUUUAAGGUUCCUUCGACGGUGAGUGUCCACGAUUUCGAUUCUUYAAGAGCGUAUGUUAUCAAACGGCGACCGAGUGGCCVAGCAGGGCGUGGGACAUGGGCUACGCCUCCCUAUUCACCAAACUGGAUAGUGAUCGAGACUAAGGGAUCCCAUCAACAGRGGACUGCUUCAGCUGCCAAUAACAAAGAACUGAGAAAAAGAAACCGAAGAAGCUCCCACAUGAGGCGAAAGCUAGAAAGAAUUUCCGAAGCUAGAACAUCAUCAUUAGAAACAAAACAAAUUUAUAAUUGGGGCAUUUAGUGCAUUGUUGUACCAAGAAUCCUCUCAGCGAAAAAUCGAAUUCCCAAGCUGAGAAGGGUUUAGAUACAAUAGCAUUUAGCAUUUUCUAUGAAUUCUUUACAAGUCCAAUAUGCUUUACGUUUAUUAUUAUUUUAAAAUCAAACAAUAACCAAUCAUGAUCAAUCAAGGGGAUAGAUUCUUAAGAAUUAAAACCAAAAUAAUAUUAAGUCUUCGUCUUAUUUGUUUUUUUUUUU